UCACCUCACUUUAGUCGUCAAUCUUGUUCCCACAUAACACGAUUAAUUUAUGCACAUAUGAAAUAUAUAUGGUUUCAGAUGAUAUAUAGUAGCCAAUUGUCCGAUACUCGCAACGAGCACUCGAUAAUUUUUAAUGUGCCCAUCACUUGGGUCAAUUAUUACUAAGAAAGUUGUCAGAACUCAGAAGGCCGUCCCUGACGGACACGUAUCCUCUGACUUUAUAAAGUAAUUUGAUAUGUCCUUUUCAGAUUUAACAGUUUAUAAAACUUAAUAUCAUGACAUUGUUCAUUAAGCGAAGUUAGAGGAUACGAUGCCGUCCCUGACUGGUCUGUGCUGAAAAUUACUCACAGUUUAAGUUUUCCGGUCAAGUGGACGGCUGCCUACCCUCUGAGAUUUUGUCCUGCUCGCUUCCCUCCAGUGACGGGCCUCACCUCGUGCCAAUCCCACUUCCACUUCGCUGGCCUUUCUCACCUCCCCAACGCGGCUCACACCCUUGUCGCUGUCGCAGCCGCUGCCACCACCACCACCACCACCGCAUCCAGUUUCCAGUGAUGCACGCCCGAUGAUGGCGGCCUCUCAUUUGGUGAGCGCUGCCCGGUGGAUCGCCGGAGUCAUCACAGAGAAGGUCAUCACCAGCAAGCUAAAGGAAUGGGUUUCCCAGUUCUCGGGCCUCGGAGGCGACGUGGACGACCUCAAGGCACAGAUGAGCUACGUCAAGACGGUGCUAAGCAUGACCGAGGGGAGGCGGAUCCGGAACACUCACCUGACCAACCUUCUCGCCAGGCUGCACCAGCUGAUCCACGAAGCCGACGAUGUGCUCGACGAGCUCGACUACCAUCGCAUCCGUCAGGAGGCGGAGACGGCCGCCACCACAAACAUGGUCAGCGUGCCGUCGGCAGCGGCCACGGCCACCUCCUACGCACUCCAUCUCCUGAGCGAUGUCGCGAGCCACCAUCCGCUGGUCUCCCCUACGUUCAGGGAGGUGCUCAUGUACCCCUGGGGCCGGAGGAAGCGGAGAAAACUCGCGAACCCCACUGCCAACGCCAGUUCCCCGGCUCAGUCGUGGGUGGAGCUUGACAAGAGCUCCCUCAGCCGGCGGAUCAGACAGGUCACAAUCCAGCUGCGCGACGUUGGCGACCAGGUGUGGAAGACACUACAGCUGGAGGAUCUGGAGUCUAUCGGCCCGACGUCUGGUAGCCGGCUUGAGAAUCCACGGUUGACAAGCUCGUACCCCGCCGGAGAGCAGAAGAUGUUUGGCCGGAACGGCCAAAAGGAAAGCAUUAUUGACGUGCUGACCGAUACCAAGUGCUGCAGCCAGAGCAGGCUGUUAGUGCUGCCCAUAGUCGGCAACGGCGGCAUGGGAAAGACGACUUUGUUGCAACACGUGUAUCAUAAUCAGAGAGUACGGAGCUUCUUCCAGAUCAAGAUGUGGAUCUGGAUACCCCGCUGCCACAAGUUCGACGUCGUGCGCCUAACGCGUGAGAUGCUUCUGGAGGCUGCGCAUGCCACCGGAGAGAAGGAGAAUAAGGGGAGCAAAAACCUGAACAGUCUUCAGGCAAACCUCGUGAAAAGGUUGCAGGGGAAGAGGUUUCUGGUUGUCUUCGAUGACCUUUGGGAUGUCGAGAAGAACAAGUGGGAAGUGCUGCUGGCUCCACUGGAGUGGAUCAAGGCCACUAGUAACUGUACAAUCUUGGUCACCACCAGGGACCGGCGGGUUGCAGAGCUGAUCAGAACAGCACCACCGAUCAAUUUGAGUGGUUUGAAGGGAGAAGCAUUCUGGGAUUGCUUCAGAGCUUACAUAUUUGGUGAUGAGAAGCAUGACGGGCAUCAACAUUUAAAAGACAUUGGAAGACAAAUUGCCAGCAAAUUGAACGGUUAUCCGUUGGCGGCAAAAAGUGUGGGGGCAUUACUGAGGAAGGACCUUAGCAUUGAACAUUGGAAUAGAGUUUUAGAGAGCAGAGAAUGGGAAGCGAAGGAUGGAACUGAUGGCAUCAUUUCUAUUCUAAGGCUUAGCUAUGACGACCUUCCUUUUCAUCUCAAGAGGUGCUUCUCAUACUGCUCACUGUUCCCGAAGAGCUAUCAAUUUCAGGAGAAAGAUCUUGUGUUUAUUUGGGUCUCACAAGGCUUUGUUGAUACUGGAUGUGAUAGGAAGCCAGAAGAAGUUGGUCGCGAGUACCUGAAUGACUUGGUUAGUUUGGGCUUCUUUCAGAAGAUGGUCAAUCCUGCAAACUGUCACACUUGCUACCUUAUGCAUGAUAUAAUUCAUGACUUGGCAAUUAAUGUAUCUUCAGAUUAUUGCUUGAUCAUCGAUAGCUUUUCCACGCUCAAUAUGCAAUCAUCGGCAACCAUUCGCCAUCUGUCCAUAAUCACAGAUAAUAUACAUCAUGGGGACAUAUCCAGGAAUGUACCACGUAAUGAGAACAUUGAGAACAUUGUUACCAAGAUAGCCAGUUCGAUGCAGAUGAGAUACCUGAGGUCAUUAAUGCUGUUUGGCAAAUAUGAUUCUAACUUUGCACGUGUUUUCAGAAGGGCUUUCAGAGAAGCAACAAAUAUGCGCUCAAUAAUAAUGCGCAUUAUCCCCUAUCAUGAAGGUUCUCUAUUGCAUGACCUAGGCCAAUGCAUUCAUCUUCGAUACAUAAAAAUCAUUGCUGAUGAUCAUGUUCAGUUCCCGGAAGCUCUGAAUGGACUCUACCAUUUGCAAGUGCUGGAUGUAGGAGGAACCACUGGUGAUCUAUCGGGAAAUGUCUAUAAUGUAUAUAGUGGGGCAUCAACUCAAACAAGGUUGGCAAAACCUGGUGUCCUCACUUCUCUGCAUUGUCUCUAUCUCAAUAACUGCACGGGGUGCAAAAAUUUUCCAGCAUUUUCGCAGUUUCCAGCACUUAAAAAACUGCAUUUGAUUGGUAUGCCUGCUGUAACAGAUUUGCAAACCGCUUCUUUAGAGGAAGUGAUAUUAUCUGAUAUGACAGCACUAGAGACAUGGACUGUCACAGAAAAACACCAACUCAUUGAUGAUCUUAAGGUACUCGAUAUCUGCGAUUGCCCCAAACUGGGAAACUUGCCUUUACCACCUUCUGAUGAAGUGAAUUAUCGCCAAUUUCAAAGAUUGGUGAUUAAGAAUUGCUCUUGCCUGAUGGUGCUUCCUCCACUUCCUCUCGAUCCUAAAAGUAACCUGUCUAUUGAGGAUGUACAGUCAUUUCCAUGUAGAAUCAUAUCUUAUCGUGCAGAUACCAAUCCAUCCUUGCUCCUAAAGGGGAAGGAUGAACUGAGAGUUCUUGAUGGAAGGGUUUUGUCAUUUCGAAAUCUACUUUAUUUGCAAGAGCUCUCCAUUGAUGGAUGUCCUAGCCUUACAAGCAUCUCAUGGGAAGGAUUUCACCAAUUUAGAAUCUUGAAGGAUCUGAACAUAUAUCGCUGCCCGAACCUGCUCUCAAUGCCUAUUACAGAAACAGAGCAACAGCUCGCUAAGGGACUUCUUCCAUCGCUCCAGAGGCUUGAAAUCUGGUCCUGUGGUAUCACUGGGAAGAAUCUAUCUUGUUUACUGUCAAAUCUACCACAUCUCUCUUUCCUGAAGUUAAAAGAGUGUCGUCAAAUCAGAAGAUUGGCUGUGGACCAACAAGCAGAUCAAGGGAGCGCAAUUUUGCUACCUGAUGGUGCAGUAGAUGAUGGGUUGUUGCACAUCAAACCUCAGUCCUUGACAUCAUUACAAGAGUUGUGCUUCGACAGCUGCCCAACAGUUUGUGAAAAUGUGGAGGGUCUCAAAGGACUUGUUACACUCAAAAUAUUGGAGAUACUUGCGUGUCCAAGGUUCCUUUCCUACUUAGUAUUUCAAAAUGAAGAUAUGAAUCACAUCGAAGGUACAUGUCUCCUUCCAUCAUCACUGCGAGAGCUCAAGAUAGACCAGGCAGAGUGGAAGUUGAUGUCCCUCCAUGGACUCACUGCCAUUGAGAGGCUAUCCAUUAGCUACAGCGAACUAGAAGCUCUUGACUUGGAAUCCUGCAUGGGGUUGAAGUACAUUCAUGUUAUUUGUUGUCCAGCACUUUCCACCCUACAAGGUUUGAAAUCGUGUCUUCAGCUUAGAGGAUUGGAAAUAUUUUUUAGUCCCGUGUUUUGGAGAGCAUGGGACCUUGCACUGCAAAGAGAUGGAGCAAGUGAUGAGUUAUCAUUCCCAGUGGAAUUUGUUCGCACGAGCGAUAGUUCAAUUCUUACCUUGUCAAUAUGCAAGCACCUAAAACAGCUUUGGCGGCUAGAGUUUCGCUGCCUUUCCGAUAAACUGGUAAUGGAGCAGGAGAAAGCACUUGAGCAGCUCAUCUCUCUCAAUGAGCUCCAAUUCUUUGAGUGUGAUUGUGACUUCUCCAUACCAGCAGAACUGCAGCAGCUUACAUCACUCAAGAAGUUAGAGCUCAUGAGUUGUUCGACUACUUCCUUAUUUCCGGAAAGAGGCUUGCCACCUGCGUUGGAACAUUUGGUAAUUGUUGACUGCAAGUAUCUCGAGUCAUUACCUGCCGGAAUGCAUGGCCACUCCUUUCUGAAGAACUUGGAGAUAAAGUCCUGUCCACAAAUUCGGUCUCUGCCUAGAGGGGGCCUGCCAGGUUCUCUUCAAGAGCUGAAGUUUGAAAAUUGCAGCAGUAAGCUGCAGGAGGAACUCCAAAGGAUGAAUACAGCUGGAAUGGUAAUAUUAUGGUCAUGAGACGAUUUCUGUGGCUGAGCAGAUACUGGAGCUUUUAUUUCCUCCAAAACGAUACUGGAGUUUUCAGUGAGCUUCCACCCAUAUGCCAGCAUUGCAGGUUGUGUGGCUGCAACAACAUUCUGAUGUACCACAAAACUAAAACUUUGGCAAUAAAUUUCUGAAGACCGGAAUGUGAGUACCUUCAGUUAACUUUGGCUCAGAUUAAGUUAUACAGCAGGUCCAGGGAUCCUUAGUUAUUUCCUGAGAGAUGAAAUCCCCGGCCUUUUGUGUUCUGGCUCACGAGCUUUGGUGGCGGGUGCUAGGCACCUAUGUACCGGCCGAUGUGAUCUCGUUCCUCGACUGGUGGACGGAUCUUCGCCGAUGGGUAGCAAGUAAUUUCCGGAAGGGUCUCAACUCUCUAGAGGACUUUUACGGUACACCUAAAUGAGUGCAUACCGUCCAUUUUUUUAUCCGGUGGCUUAGAUUGGCCCAAUGAUACUCUAUCGCCCAUCAGUAUCAUGGGUAUCAUUAAAGAGUAUCAUGGGUAUCAUAAGGGUAAGAUUGGAAAAAAAAAACUAUGAUAAACUUGUAAAUUAUAUGUUUAAUUAGGGAAGAUCAAAAUGUUAGUUUAUUCUUCGGAUAAGCUUUCACUUAUUCUGUUCAUUUCAUUUAUUAGGGUUUCUACCCUCUGUCGGUCGGUCAAUGAUGGGUGACGAAGGUCCGAAGUCCGAUCAGUCAAUGACGUAAUUACCCAUAAGGGUAUCAAGAUAAUUACAAUAAUACCUACUAAAAUGGACGGUUGGAUUACAACAAUGAUACUUUCCAUCAUCUAGUAUCAUGGUGUACUGUAAAGGUUCUCACUCUCUAAUCCUCCUCACCGCUUGGCGUAUUUGGUUAUCGCGGAACGAUGUUAUUUUCAAUAGCCGUCGCGUCAGCUCUGACACCCUGAUGGCCCAUAUCAUGGAGGACGAUGCACGAUGGUGCGAAGCCGGGGCGAAAAACUUGGCCAUCCUUUGGGAGCGGCUGUGCACGUUUGGCUCAGUGCUCUAAUCCUGUUGCGGCUCAUGUUCAUAGAGGUUGCUUCAGUCAUGUAAUAGCUUCUUAAGAUGAUCCUUCUUUUGACCGUUUAACGGUCGUGGUGUAAUAACUUUAAUUCAUUUCUCUUCUUAAUAUAAAGAUGUGCAACUCUC